GGGAUGACUGAAAAUAUCUGCUUAAAAAGCCAAUUGCAGGACCCGCGUAAGCAAAAAAAAAAAGUUGCAACGAGCUCUUUGGAGAAGUUUGAGAGUUUACACAAACUUUAGAGAUCUCGGGGAGGGGGAUUGGCGCCGGUUGAUCUGCGGCGAUCUCAUUUAUUACACAGUCCAAGCUUUUUCAUUUGCAAAAUCCGCCUCUCCAAAGUCGCCCUACGAUCAGCGAGAUAUCGGGGCGAGGGCAAUGAGCAGCUUUACUUUGUGUGUCACCCUUCUAUCUCUGCUAGCUGCCGGCUUCACAACGAAAGCUUCCAAGGAAACACUCACAGGCAAAGCAGUUCGGGAUGUGCUACAUAAAGAAAGCCUAGGUCAGCAUUACAGUACUAUUCAGACAAAAUUUAACCUUCAAUGUUCAGCAAAUACAGAUGGAAAAGACUGUGUCAUUAUUGCAGGUGUGGAAGAAAGUCUGGCGAAAUGUAGCUUCAAUGUGACUUCCAAGACAUUCAUUAUCGUUCAUGGUUGGACGACAACAGGCUUGAUGGAAUCUUGGAUCGAUGAUAUGGUUACAGCUCUCCGAAAACAAGAAGCACACGCAAAUGUCAUCGUGAUCAAUUGGCUUGAACGAGCGCACCAGCUUUACACUACAGCUGUCAAUAACUCUGAGAUUGUCGGAAAAGAAGUGGCUCUCUUAAUUGAUUGGCUACAGCAGGUGACGGACUUGCCUCUUGAAAAACUGCAUCUGAUUGGCUACAGCUUGGGAGCUCAUGUUGCAGGAUUCGCUGGAAAAGCUGCACUAAAUAAAAUUGGACGAAUAACAGGCUUGGAUCCAGCGGGUCCCAUGUUUGAAGGUGUGGAUCCCGAUAAGCGACUUUCCCCCGAUGAUGCAGACUUUGUAGAUGUACUUCACACUUUUGCAUUCGGUACACUGGGAGUUAGUAUUGGCAUUGAACAGCCCAUUGGCCACAUUGACGUUUAUCCAAAUGGUGGCAGUUUCCAGCCUGGUUGUGGCCUUCACAAUGUCAUUAACGCCAUAGCCAAUGGAAAUCUGGGUAAUGUCGUUUAUUGUGAACAUGAGCGGUCUGUGCAUCUCUUUGUCGACUCCAUCCUCAACCAGGAUAAGCAGAGCUUGAUGUAUCGAUGUCCUGAUACUAAGACAUUCGAGAAGGGGAUGUGCCUCAGCUGCCGGAGGAAUCGAUGCAAUAAAUUGGGCUACAAUGUCAAUAAAAUUAGAAGUAAACGAAACAACAAGAUGUACUUAAAGACAAGAGCAGACAUGCCCUUUAAAGUAUUUCACUAUCAAUUAAAAAUGCACUUAUUCAGUACAGAGGGGACACAAGGCACAAAUCCCAAACUGCAUGUUAAUUUAUAUGGCACAGAAGCUGCCAGCAAGAUGACCAGCAUUGAAAUGCCUGAGCAGGUUAUGGCAAACAGGACAAACUCGUUUCUUGUCUACUUGGAGGAAGACAUUGGGGACUUGCUGAAGAUAAAGUUGAGCUGGGAGAAAUCCACUUCAUCCUGGUCAAUGUGGACAAAUUUAAAAUCUUUGUGGUAUGGGUCGGAUUUGGGUGGACAGAAAGAUCUGACAGAGUUGGAAAUAAGGAAGAUUCGAGUGAAGUCUGGUGAAAUGCAGAAGAAAUAUACGUUCUGUGCAAGCAAUUCAUCAACCACAAAGAUUUCACCAGGAAAUGAAUUGACAUUCACCAAAUGUAUGGAUGGCUGGCCAGUUAAAAACAAAACAAGUUUGCAUUCAAGAUUAUUACAAUGAGUGUGUGGAAGUAAAGUUACAGUAUCUUCAAGGAAACCUGAAGGAUGCCUUUAGUUGCACUCCAUCCUGAAAAUGCCAAAGCUGUGUUGAUUAAAAGAUUAUUCCUGCUGACUGGUUGCUUUGUUUUCUCCACUGAACUGUUUCCCACUAACUAUGGCAGGAGACGACCUGGCCGUUGGUAGUGCUGUUCGUGGAGACAAGGUGUCCGUGGUACAUUUGUACUUGUUUCAUUGAAACCCAUAUUCACUCCUCUGCACCGGUUACAGCUGCCUUAGCAAUGACCUCUAAAGCUAUAUGCUACAUUGUUUUUUUAUACUGCUGAUAAUUUAAAAGAAAGUGUCUGUUUCAUAGUGCUAUCUGUAUAUAUUGAAUUGCUGCAUUUUUGUACAUUGUGGACUUACUUUCAUUGAAUGCUAUUUAUAUAUUGAAGUGGAGUACUUUUGAAAAUAAAAUUAUUUUUCUGU